AUGGACGCCCCCUGCCACAACGCGAGCACCAAAAUGUUAGCGACUGCUCCAGCCCGGAGCAACGUGAUGAGCACAUCCAAACCCUUGGCUUUCUCCAUCGAACGAAUCAUGGCGCGCACCCCCGAGCCCAAGGCCCUGCCCGUUCCCCACUUCCUGCAGGGAGCCGUGCCCAAGGGGGACCCCAAGCACUCUCUGCAUCUCAACUCGUCGAUCCCCUGCAUGAUCCCCUUCGUGCCUGUGGCGUACGACACCAGCCCCAAGACAGGAAUGACGGGCUCAGAACCGCGGAAAACGAGUCUGGAGGCUCCAGCGGCGCCGGCCGCAGCGCCCGCGGCGACCGCGUUUAGCUGCAGCGACCUGCUCAACUGCGCGCUGAGUCUCAAGGGCGACCUGGCCCGCGAAGCGCUGCCGCUGCAGCAGUACAAACUGGUAAGGCCGCGUGUGGUCAACCACUCUUCUUUCCACGCCAUGGGCGCCCUGUGCUACCUGAACCGAGGUGACGGGCCGUGCCACCCAGCGGCCGGCGUGAACAUCCACCCGGUGGCCUCCUACUUCCUUAGUUCCCCUUUGCACCCGCAGCCAAAAACGUAUUUAGCCGAAAGGAAUAAACUGGUGGUCCCAGCGGUGGAGAAGUACCCUUCUGGAGUAGCUUUCAAAGACCUGUCGCAGGCUCAGCUGCAGCAUUACAUGAAAGAAAGCGCCCAGCUUCUGUCGGAAAAAAUCACGUUCAAAGCCUCGGACUUCAGCCGAGGCUCUCCUAAUGCCAAGCCCAAAGUUUUCACUUGCGAAGUGUGUGGGAAGGUCUUUAACGCACACUAUAACUUAACCCGCCACAUGCCGGUGCACACCGGAGCCAGACCCUUCGUUUGCAAAGUGUGUGGAAAAGGCUUCCGGCAAGCCAGCACUCUGUGUAGGCACAAGAUCAUUCACACGCAGGAAAAACCUCACAAGUGCAACCAGUGUGGCAAAGCGUUUAACAGAAGUUCCACUUUAAACACGCACACUCGGAUACACGCAGGCUAUAAACCCUUUGUGUGUGAAUUCUGUGGCAAAGGAUUUCAUCAGAAAGGGAAUUACAAAAACCACAAGUUGACCCACAGCGGGGAGAAGCAGUUCAAGUGCAAUAUCUGCAACAAGGCUUUCCACCAGGUUUACAACCUCACCUUCCACAUGCACACCCACAAUGACAAGAAGCCUUUCACCUGCCCUACGUGUGGCAAGGGCUUCUGCAGGAACUUUGACCUCAAGAAGCACGUUCGUAAGCUGCACGACAGCAGCCUGGGGCUGACCCGCACGACCACCGGGGAGCCGGGCGCUGACCCUCCGCCCCCGCUACAGCAGCCGCCCUCCGCAACACUGCCACCUCUGCAGCCACCUCUGCCGCCCCCUGGGUCCCUACAGCCUGGCCUCCACCAGGGCCACCAGUGAUGAGGCCAAUGAUCCCCCUAGUCCCAGCCAGGGCCUUACUGCUAAGCGUCAGCAGACUACAGCUGUACCUCCUGGUCCAAGAUCUGCAGAACCCAGGGCAUGUUGGGCCCCUCAAUGUAGGGCCGACCAAAAGCCUCUGCACUCCCCGGCCUCUUGCCUCUUGCAUGCACCUGUUAAAUGGGUUUGUGUAUUAUAUUCUAUGUAGGCACUAACAAUUAUGAGAAAUUUGGAGGGUUUGUUUUCUGAUUUUUUAAUUUUAUUUUGAAAAGACUUUCAUCUCGGGUGGAGAGAUGGUGUUUGCUUUUUUUUUUUUAAACAAAUUUCUGCUGUAUUUAUUGAGAUCUGUAUUAUUCUACCCGGGGAAUGCUGCACCAUUUUAAUGUUAUUAUUGUAUAUAUUUCCAUUGUGUUGAUUCUACGAUCUCAAGAUGCCUGCUGAUCAUUAUCACGAAGUAACAAAAUACUGUGUAUAUGUUAUAUACACGCACAGAGAUGUGUGCGCAUGUAAAGGCACAUUCCACAUUCGUGAGCACACACGUACACAUACACACAC